UAAUCUUGUUGUGGAAUGCGAGAGUUCCAUCCAGGCAGUGUCAAUCAACAGAGCUGCAGCUAGCAGCGACCCACCGAGAGGGCUCAGCCCAGAGGGAGUGACACUGCGCAGUCAUGAAGCUGCUGCUUCUGCUCUCUAUGGUGAUGGCCACAACACAUGGACAAUAUUCAGCCAUCUACUGUCAGUGGGGCCCGUUCAGCCCCUGGAGUGAGUGUGAAGGCUGUAAUAACACCCAGACUCGCUGGCGAUCAGUGCAGGACUAUGCCCAGUUCGGAGGCCACCAGUGCGUUGGCUCUAAAUUUGAAUUUCAAUCAUGUUCGGCGACCAGAGGCUGUCCAGUGGAUGAGGGAUGUGGGGAUCGCUUCCGAUGUGCUUCAGGGCAGUGUGUGAGCCCCAGCCUGCGAUGUAAUGGUGAUGAGGAUUGUGAGGGAGAUGGAGCUGACGAGAUGAACUGUGUGGAUCGGAAGAUGGCGUGCGACAUCGAUAAAAUCCCCCCUCAGGCCGAGCUGACAGGCCAUGGUUUUGACGUUAUUAAAGGUACAUUUCGGGGAGUAGUGAUCAACACCAAAUUUUUUGGUGGAACUUGCCGGAAGGUGUUCAGUGGUGAUAACCGUGAAUAUUACCGUCUGCCAGAGAGUAUUCUGCAGUACACCUUUCAGGUUAAGGCUAAGAAUGAUUUUAAGUUCCGGAGAUACGAGAGCAGCUGGUCGUACCUUAAAGUGACAAGGGGGAACUAUGCUGAGUCUGGCCAGGGAUUCUUCUCCAGUUACUCCUCAAACUAUGACGAAUUCACCAACGAGAACAACAAGAAAAGGAAGGAGCAGACCUACCUGACCAUUGAGAAUGAGGUGGAGGUGGCACAGUUCUCCAACAGUCGUCCCGAUAAGCUGCAGAUUCCCAGCUCCUUCCACAGGGACCUGAUGCAGCUGCCAGCCGUCUAUGAUUACAGAGCGUACCGGCGGGUGAUUGAACUGUAUGGCACCCAUUACCUCCGCAAGGGGGCUCUGGGUGGGAAGUACAGCAUGCUCUUCAUGGUGGACAAGGACAAGAUGAGCAAAGCAGAUUUUUCGACAAUGCACAGUUCAAGUUGUUCAGAAACAUCAUUCAACUUCAUUUUCAUUAGUUAUGAAGAGUCUAAAUGUGAGCAAUACAAUGAGGCACUGAGAACAGCGAUGGGUGGAUCCUCUGGGCAGAUGCGUGGUUUGUCUUCAACACGAGGGGGCCGCCCAGCAUUUGUGGCCGCUCUGAGCCUGAUCAACGUGCGGGACCCCCAGGCCAACAGCGAGGUGUAUCAGCGAUGGGCUGCAUCAGUGAAGGAGUACCCUGUCAUCAUUAACCAAAAGCUCGCUCCUCUCCAUGAGCUGGUGAAGGGUGUGCCCUGUGCUGGGGUGAAGAGGCAUUACCUGCGUAGAGCGAUUCAGCAAUAUAUCGAUGAGUUACAUCCCUGCAAGUGCAGGCCGUGCCAGAAUAAUGGGCAGGCAGUGGUGGUUGGCUCUUCCUGCCAGUGUUUCUGUAAACCUUAUACCUUCGGGGUAGCCUGUGAGAAAGGAGUGCUCGCUCAGGACCAGGAAAGUGGGGUUGGCACUGCUGGGGGCUGGAGUUGUUGGACUGAGUGGACGGCUUGUUUGAAUGACCGACGUUCCCGAUCCCGACGCUGUGAUAACCCCCCUGCUGGCCCUGGGGGGAGGCAGUGUGCCGGAGAGAGCUCCCAGUCGGAGCGGUGUGAGGAUGGAGAAAUGGAUUAUUUACGACAACUCGAGCCCCACUGCUUUGAAAUGCCAAUUGAGCCGACCUCAGGCUGCUCAGCUCCCCCUGAACUGGAGAACGGAGCUGUCCAGGGUCUGAGGGCUGUGUAUCCUGUGGGAAGCCAUGCUGUAUACCAGUGUCUCACAGGUUACUUCUUCUCUGAAGGGGAUGGUACGCUGAGGUGUGGAGAGGAUUUGCAUUGGGAAGCAAAGGCCCUAGAGUGUCUCCGGACAGUCUGUGCCCCUCCACUGUUACCAGCAGAUUUGAUCAUUAGCCCUAAGAAGGUGAGCUAUCGUAUUGGAGAGGCCAUCUCCCUAUCCUGUGCUGGAGGCAGUACAUUGGAAGGUCCAUCUGAGAUCCUGUGUGACUCCAGUCUACAAUGGUCCCAAGAUUUGAGCACCAUCAUAUGUGACCAAGAGGCAGUUACACAAGAUCCAGAACCUCCCCAGUGUGCUCCAUGGGAGAAGAUGAAGAUUGGAAAGUGUGUUUGCAAAAUGCCUUAUGAAUGCAGCCGCUCACUGCCAGUCUGUGUGGUGUACGGGAAGACGAGGAGGGUAAUGUUGCUGACACUAUGCAAGCUCCUGACAUUGAAGUGCCUGGGCCGACACUAUGAGCUGGUCGCACAGAGCACCUGCCCAUCACCUGCUCCUGCUCCAGCUUCCCGCUGUGGUUCCUGCUCACUCGGAGAGACCUGCGAUGAGGAGCGGGUCAGGUGCGUGUGCCAGCCACAGGAGGACUGCCCUGCUGGAGGGAUUCGGCUCUGUGUCCUGCUGGAGGAGAGUGAGGAGAAAAUAACAGUGAGUGAGUGUGAGGCCGCAGUGUGGAGGUGUCAUGGGAGAAGUUUCACUAUUGUUGCCAGCCACCCGUGUUCACAACGCUUGACCGCUACAACCGCCCAUGACCUGCAGGGUUAAAGGUCACGAGGGUCAGCACCCGAUAACCCCCUGGCCCGAGCACCCAGCCUCCAUCACAUCUUGUCAAACCCAGUUCACUUCCCCCACAACUCUCUCCCAGUUCUACUGCUAUCCAGAACCAUCUGAAACUGCUCCCCAAAUCCUGAAUCCCACUGCCUACUCGCCCCCAACUCCUCCUCCCCGCCUUCCUGGUCAGACCGUCCUCCGCCUGCUCUCUCCCUCUAUCUCAAUAAACCUCCUUCCACACUGA